CCGCCCCAUUAAAAGUACACCUUUUGCUAUUUGCCGCUCUUGGUUCUAAUACGCAAUCUAUUUCAUACGCAUGCGCAGUGUGUAACGGAACGAGUCAACGGACGAAGUUGGAAACAAGACUGUUUGUCAGUCCAAAUAUUUUUAAAGAAAGAAGCAAUGGAGUCUGUCCCUCCUCUCUCCUCACUUCGCCUGCUGGUUUCUCCCCUUCGUCUUACAUCUGCCUUCAUGUGGCAAGUUGUCCAGGAACAGAAUGUGGAGCAAUUUGGAAAACUAGAAGAAUUUGUUUCUGUGAUGACAAACCUCGUGCCAGAACUCUUAAGCAGGAGACAGAGAGCCACUUUGAUAGUAGGACUGCGAGCUAAGAUGAUUCUUGAGAUGUGUCGAGGCGAGCUCCCCGCGGACAUUCACACUGUCAAAUCACACAUUCACCAAAUUCAGGCUACUGAUUUAUUAAAGGUGAAUGACACAGACAUGGAGAGCUUACAAGACAGCGUACUUCAACUCGUUCUGAGCUUGCUAGAGGAUUCCAUGAAAAGAGAAUACUUCUUUCAGGAAGUAUUUCCAGUCGAGUAUGGUCCUGACUUUGAUAAAGCACUGCAAGUCCUUGUUGGCUUUUUCCUCUCCAGAUUGGAGCAACUUCUGCCUGUACCAAACUUCAAACAGCUUUCAUUGUUGCUCAGCUGUCACCCUGGGGAGCUCGAUGCAUGUGUGGACUCUGUUUGCAAAUCACACAAUUUGCUAUCCUUGCUGCAAACAGAUGUUUGUGGGACUUUGGAAAAAAAUGCUCUUCCAACAAUAGUUGAAGAUCGAAUAGUUUCAUCAUUGUCACUGCCACCUGUUGGCAACUCAGUAGUUAUAAACCAGCACAGUGAUGAUGGCAAGUUACUGCCUCUUGAUUCUAAAAACCUGCCAAACCAACAACAUAGUAUGGACAAGGAGACUGGGACAGGUGAUCCAAAUGUCCAGGAUGUUGGAUCCAACUCCAGCUGUGAAUCAUCAGAGUCCUCCAGAGACAGUGAUGGUGAAAAGGAAACAAACUCAAAUGCUGAUGAAUUGCAACGGAGUAACUCAGAGGAGCCAAGCGUACCGUCAUCCACCAACGAUGCUCAUAGAGGUGAUUUAAUUUUUCAGACUGCUGUGCCUCUCCAGCGGCCCGCUCUUGACACCUUCCCAAACUCACCUUCUAAAGGCUUCCACUAUGCAGGCAGAACCGUACACAAAUGUCAGCAGUGCACAAAAUACUUCAUCUAUCGGUCUGAUCUUGUCAAGCACCAGGAAAUUCACACCCAGGCGGGGACACACGAGUGUCAUCAGUGUGGGCAAGCUUUUGACGAUUUGACGCAGCUGACGGCACACAAGAACACCAGCUGCAAUACCAGAAUUUUCAAGUGCAUCAAAUGCACAGCCCACUUUAGAUCCCUCAGGACCCUAUACAGACACAACCGAGUGCACAAAGAGAAAACCACACACAAAUGCCCUGAAUGUGGACGGCUGUUCACAAGUCUGUCACGAUUAGUGGGUCACCGGCGAGCUCACCGAACUCCUGCUGUUAAAAGGAACUACACCUGUAAACAAUGCAACGAGACUUUCGGCUCAUACCGAGCCAGUUUAAUCCACCAGAAGACUCAUAAAGUUAAAGACGCCCCCCCAUCUAAACCGGAACGGCAGCCAGGAAAGUGUCGUUUUUGUGAAUUGACGUUCAGCGUCGACAGCGAAUUAAGAAGCCAUCUGAAGACGCACGCGGAGUUUAGGCCGUAUAUAUGCGACCAGUGUGGGAAGUGCUUUUCAGGCGAACAGCAGUCUGCUCGCCCACCUCUCAAACCACACGGGUGAGAAACCUCUCCUUUGUUCGCAAUGCGGAAAGCGGUUUUACAGCAAAAUCCAAUUAAAAUCCCACAUGAGAUGUCAUUCUGGCGAGCGGCCGCAUGUCUGUCCGUACUGCGAGAAGCAGUUUUCACUGUCUGGGAAUUUGAAAAUCCAUAUCAGGAUUCACACUGGGGAGAAGCCAUACGUUUGCCAUCAGUGCGGAAAGGGUUUCGUCUCCGCCGGAUGCCUGCAGGUGCAUCUGCGUUCUCACACGGGAGAGAAGCCGUAUCAGUGUAAAAUCUGCAGCAAGAAAUUUGUAGUUUCGAGUCACCUGACGGCGCACAUGUGCUUUCACACCGGAGAGCGUCCACACUGCUGCUUACAAUGCGGGAAACGAUUCAUCCGGCGCUAUGACUUGAGCAAGCACAUGUACACUCAUAUUGGGAAGAGGCCGUUCCCAUGUCCUCUGUGCCCAAAGGCUUACACGUGUCGUACACACUUGAACAGGCACAUGAAGAGCCACAGUGUUUGACUUGAAUCAUGUUGUCAUCCUGAGUGCCUUGUGUGGAGUGAAAACAUAGUUCAAUCAAAAAUUUCAAUCCUGUCAUUAUUUACUCACCCUCAUGACCAAUGUCCAUGUCCAAACCCGUUUACUGUUGUGGUUUUUCUGUGGGACACAAAAAGAAACUUAUCACAGCUCUUUUCCAUUUGAAAGAUCAUAGUUGACCACAUCUUUCAAGCUCUAAAAAUGACAAAAAAAUGUCAUCAUUAUAGUCCAUACAGCUUAUGCAUUAUAUUCCAAGUCUUGUCAAGUCAUAUUAUUCCUUUCUGUGAGUAAUGAAUUGAAAUUUAAGUUGUUUAUUCAAUAAUAAUAUUCCCCUUCUUCUGAGCUGUUAACUGUGGCCGGAUCAUUGAGUUAUUGAGUGAGAACUAGAUCAGUUUGAUUUGUUAACCAAAUCUGAUUUAUUAAAAAUAAUUGUCUCAGAAGAAACAAAAAUGAACAGCUUACUGAAGGUGAGUACCACCACUGAAUGACAACUUAAAGGGUUAGUUCACCCAAAAAUGAAAAUUCUGUCAUUAAUUACUCACCCUCAUGUCAUUCCACACCCCUUUGUUCAUUUUCAGAACACAAAUUAAGAUAUUUUUGAUAAAAUCAAAUGGCUCAGUGAGGCCUCCAUUGCCAGCAAGAUAAUUAUACUUUCAGAUGCCCAGAAAGCUACUAAAGACAUAUUUAAAACAGUUCAUGUGACUUCAGUGGUUUAAUUUUAAUAUUAUAAAGCGACGAGAAUACUUUUUGUGCGCCAAAAAACAAAUAACGACUUUAUUCAACAGUAUCUAGUGAUGGGCGAUUUCAAAACACUGCUUCAUGAAGCUUAGUAUCUUUUGUUUUGAAUCAGUGGUUCGGAGUGUGUAUCAAACUGCCAAAGUCACGUGAUUUCAGUAAACGAGGCUUUGUUACAUCAUAAGUGUUUUGAAAUUUCAAUGGUUCACAUGACUUUGGCAGUUUGAUACAUGUUCCAAACCACUGAUUUGAAAAAAACAAAAGAUUCGUAAAGCUUUGAAGCUUCAUGAAGCAGUGUUUUGAAAUCGCCCAUCACUAGAUAUUGUUGAAUAAAGUCGUUAUUUUUAUUUAUUUAUUUAUUUUUUGGCGCACAAAAAGUAUUCUGCUCGCUUUAUAACAUUAAGGUUGAACCACUGAAGUCACAUGAACUGUUUUAAAUAUGUCUUUAGUACCUUUUUGGGCAUUUGAAAGUGUUAAUUGUCUUGCUGGCAAUGGAGACCUCCCUGAGCCAUCAGAUUUUAUCAAAAAUAUCUUAAUUUUUGUUCUGAAGAUGAAUGAAGGUCUUAAGGGUGUGGAACGACAUGAGGGUGAGUAAUUAAUGACUGAAUUUUCAUUUUGGGUGAACUAACCCUUUAAGCUCCAGUCUGUUUCCCACACAAAACCAAGACUUCAGAAGACUUGCAGACAUAAGAGUGAGUAAAUAAAUUGAGGUGAACUAUCCCUUUAAUUAAAAUGUUUCCUGCCAAUCUGACGCCGUUGAACUGCAGUUGUUUCACUACAACAAAGUCAUUUGAAGAACAGCUUUAACAUUUUCUUGCAUUACUAAUGUGUAACAUAGUUUCGUGCCAUGGAUAUUUUCUGUAGAAAUUUAGGUUUGGAGCCCACUGUUAAGAGUUUUUCUUUUAGAUUUAGGUUUUUCUAAGAUUAUUUUAAGCUAGAAUCAUGCUCAGUAUGCAAUUAUUAAUGAAAUGUGCUGAAUGUUAUAGCCUCAUACUAAACUAAAUAAAUGUGUUGAUGACUUAAAGUGGGAAUUAAAAAUCUCAUAUUGUUAA